AUGGGUCUUUGUUGGAGAAAGCCCAGUACCACACAAGAAAGGAGAGGGUGUAGUUUAAUGGUGGCCGACUUUGUGUGUGAGUUUGGGUGGUUGCGUGGACCGAAUGGUGAAUCUGCGAGAGUAACAAUGUUUCCCGGGGGCGACAAAGAUGGAUGGUUUACAAACGACCGUGUCAUUCUUCAACUAGAGGAUGCUGUCAAAAUUGUCAACGAACACUUCCCCCAGUUCACUCACAUAUUUGUGUACGACAAUGCUCCUUCGCACACGAAACGCUCGCUUUCCUCACUUUCCGCUUAUGGAAUGCCCAAGGGUCCGCUUCUGGACUGGCCUUACUACAAGGACAAGGACGACAAACGCGUGUUUGAGUUCUAUGACCCAAACGAACCCAAUCGUUUCAAGGGAAUGUCGUGGAUUCUUCGAGAGCGCGGUCUCGGUCAUCUUGCCGAUUUGAACGCAGUUUGCACGAAGGGAUGUGAACCAGGGAAGACUGACUGUUGCUGUCGUCGGGUAAUGAUGAACCAGCCAGAUUUCAAUAAUCGUGAAUCAGGCUUACAAGAGGCUGCUCGAGAGCUGGGAACUGAAGUGGUAUUUCUCCCAAAGUACCACUGUGAGCUGAGUAUGAUAGAGCAAGUCUGGGGAUACGCAAAAAGAGACUAUCGAGAUAAUCCCCCUAAUAGUAGCUCAAAAAAGUUGAAGGAGAACGCACUAAAGGCAUUAGAAUCACCCCCAAUUUUAUCGAUGCGCAAGUUCGCUGCUCGUUCUCAACGUUUUGCCGAUGGAUAUGACCAUGGUAUGGACGGGUCCCAAGCUGCUGCGUGGCUACAACGAUAUUCAACAUCACCGAGAGACCCAGCACAUAUUCCCACAUCCACCGAGCCUCUCAUCCGCGGCAAUGUUGGACUCAACCUUGCUCCUGUUGUUUCCCACCCAUCUGCCGAGCAGGCCAUCAUUCCGAACCAGUACAUUGUCGUGCUGAAGCCUGAGGCUACGCUCGACGACCUUAAUGCACAUGCGAUGGCCGUGCAGUCGCACGAUGAGACCAGCCCGCUGACCGACGGACCUGGGCUGACACACAUCUUCGACGGGGUACUGAAGGGUGUGGCUGGCAAGUUCAGCGAUGCGACGCUUGACAAGAUUCGUGCUACACGGUUCCUCAGAAUGAUGUUGACGAGGACGUACGGUGUCGCCAAGAAGGCACAGGUCCACGCCGUCAAGGUUCUUGGCUCAAACGGCAGUGGUUCCAUGGCCGAUGUCACCUCGCACAAGGGCUCCGUUGCCAACAUGUCGCUCGGUGGCGGCAAGUCUCCUGCUCUCGACCGUGCCGUUAACGCUGCUGUCCGCAACGGAAUGCACUUUGCCGUUGCUGCUGGUAAUGACAACAAGGAUGCCUGCAACUACUCGCCUGCUGCAGCCGAACUUGCUGUGACUGUCGGUGCCAGCACCUCGCGGCCUUGCGUUGACAUCUUUGCCCCUGGUCUCAACAUUUUGAGCACUUGGAUUGGCAGCAAGACCGCCACCAAUACCAUCUCGGGUACUUCCAUGGCGUCCCCCCAUACUGCAGGACUCCUCGCCUACUACCUGUCUCUUCACGGCACAGCUACCUUCAACCCCGUUCUUUCUGAUGCCAGCAAGGCUUUGGUCUCGAACUGGAACCCGACUGCAGCAAAGAACAUGCCCGUCUCGGUAUCUGUCGAGUCGUUCUACAACGAGGAUGGGACACUUGAUGUGACUCAGUUCGGUGGCAUCACUCCUGCUCAGCUUAAGCAGGCUCUCAUCGAUCUUGGUGAGAGGGGCAAGCUCAGCGCACUUCCUGAGAAUACAGUCAAUAUCCUGAUCUUUAACAAUGCCACCGACGCCAAGGGCCACCUUGGUACUAAGUUGAUACCUGUUGUAUGA